CUGUAAACUCAACACACUGAGAUUAUCUGGCUGUAUGGUGACAGAGGAAGGCUGUUGUUUUCUGGCUUCAGCUCUGAGUUCAAACCCCUCACACCUGAGAGAGCUGGAUCUGAGCUACAAUCACCCACGACAAUCAUUAGUCAAGCUGCUCUCUGAUCCAAACUACAGACUGGACAAACUCAAUGUGGACCAUGGAGGAGAGUUCAGGAUUACAGCAGGACUACAGAAAUAUGCAUGUGAUCUCACACUGGAUCCAAACACAUCAAACACUCAUCUGUCUCUGUCUGAGAGGAACAGAAAGGUGACACGUGUGAGAGACAAGCAGCCGUAUCCUGAUCAUCCAGACAGAUUUGAGUGUCAUCAGGUUCUGUGUAGAGAAAGUCUGACUGGACGCUGUUACUGGGAGGCUGAAUGGAGUGGUGGUGGGGUUAAUAUAUCAGUGACAUAUAAAGCAAUCAGCAGGAAAGGACAUGGUGAGAACUCAUGGUUUGGAUACAAUGACAUUUCCUGGAGUCUAAACUGCUCAUAUACCAGUUUUACUUUGUGGCACAAUAAUAAGAAUACAAACAAAUCAGUCCCUUCACAUCGCUUUAACAGAAUAGGAGUGUAUCUGGACUGGUCGGCCGGCACUCUGUCCUUCUACUGUGUCUCUGACACACACACACUCACACACAUACACACAUUCAACACCACAUUCACUGAACCCCUCUAUGCUGGAUUUAGAUUUUAUUAUUCUGAUAGUUCAGUGUCUCUGUGUGAGAUUAAACAGCUUCCUGUGAGAAACAACUGAGACACAAUUGAGUGACACAAAGAAAAACACUCACAUUAUCCCUCUCUUUUACUCACAAAGUUGUGAACUCUUUCUCUCUUAUAAUCUUAAUUUCACUUUGUAUAAACACACACAUUGAC